GGGGCAGCGAUGACGCGCAGGGCGGGCCGGGAGGUUCGCUAGUCGGUGCCGGAGCGAGCGGGAGAGCGAGCGGCCUGAGCAGCGUUGUCCUCGGUGCAGAAAAACCCUGCAAAGAUGUCUCUUUACCCAUCUCUUGAAGAUUUGAAGGUAGACAAAGUGAUUCAGGCUCAGAACGCCUACUCUGCUGGCCCUGCCACCCAGGCAGUUCUGGUGGAUGUUUCCGCCUCUUUCCCUCCAGAUGGAAAUCUCUACCCUAAACUGUAUCCAGAGCUUUCUCAGUACAUGGGACUGACUUUAAAUGAAGAAGAAAUAUGUACAAAUAUGCCUAUGGUUUCUGGAGUACCAACCCAAGGGCAGUUGGUAGCAAGACCAUCCAGCGUGAACUAUAUGGUAGCACCUGUGACAGGUAACGAUGCUGGAAUUCGGAGAGCAGAAAUAAAACAAGGGAUUCGUGAAGUCAUUUUGUGCAAGGAUCAAGAUGGAAAAAUUGGGCUCAGACUUAAGUCAAUAGAUAAUGGUAUAUUUGUUCAGCUAGUCCAGGCUAAUUCUCCAGCCUCCUUGGUUGGACUGAGAUUUGGGGACCAGGUACUGCAGAUCAACGGCGACAACUGUGCAGGAUGGAGCUCUGAUAAGGCUCACAAGGUGCUCAAGCAGGCAUUUGGAGAGAAGAUCACCAUGAUCAUUCGUGACAGGCCCUUUGAGCGGACAAUCACUAUGCAUAAGGACAGCAGCGGGCAUGUUGGCUUUAUCUUUAAAAGUGGAAAGAUCACAUCCAUAGUGAAAGACAGUUCUGCUGCCAGAAAUGGUCUCCUCACUGAUCAUCACAUCUGUGAGAUCAAUGGGCAGAACGUCAUUGGCUUGAAGGACUCUCAGAUUGCAGACAUACUCUCAACAGCUGGGACUGUAGUUACCAUUACAAUCAUGCCUGCUUUUAUCUUCGAACAUAUUAUUAAACGGAUGGCACCAAGCAUUAUGAAAAGCCUGAUGGAUCACACCAUUCCCGAAGUUUAAUAACCCUGUACAACACAUCACAGCUGAAUGUUU